AUGAGUCAUUGUACCAAACAACAUAACAGAACCAAACAUACAACCCAAGUUGGUGGUGAAGAGAUUUCACGCCAUACAUUGAAUAUAAAAUGGAAAAUCAAUAUAGAAAGCUCAUUCAUGUCGCAGCAGCCGCCAGAUCAACAGGGUCCGAGUAGAAGUGGAAUAAUAUUUCCCGGAUACAAAUACCUGGGACCCGGAAAUCCAUUAAAUCGAGGAGUACCAGUGAACGCAUUGGACGCAGCAGCAAAAAAACACGACGAAAAAUACCACAAGAUUACAGAAUAUUACAAGAAAACAAAAAAUAGGAAAAAAUUUGAACAAGAUAUUCAGGAAGCGGAUCUUGAAUUUGUAGAAGAAGUAGCCACAUUUGCUUCGGAUACGACAGUCGACAGAGUAGCACAGUGGUUAGCAUACGAAGGAAUAGAAGCAAAACACAUAUUAGAAAAAUAUACAGGAAUAAUAUAUCCACUGAUUGCAGGAGCAUCAGAAGCAGAAAGUGGAAACAUGGAAGUACCGGCAAACGUGAGUUCAGUGAUUGGAAACGGAGUACAAAAUCACAAUAAUAUACAUAAAUUUCAAUUCAAAAAGAAAUUUACAUUUGCUAUACCAUCAACAAAGGCAAGUUACACGAAAUCGGCCACUGAACUAGUAUACAACACGUAUAUACACAGUCUACCGUGGCAAAAAAUAUACUUUUAUAUAACAGAAAAAGAAUACGAUGACAUGACACAAGUGUUUCAUACAUCAAAGGUUACUCAGGUGGGAAUAAAAAUCACAAACCUAGGAAACAGAACUCCGUUCCUAACUUCGACAUCAUCAGUAAACUAUGCAAAAGUAAAUUCACAAACAACAAUCGGAAUAUGGGAAAACAUGGAAUGCCUAGCACCAGUAAAGAUGGGCACAAACAUUAUGGCUGAAACACUAUAUGGAAAAACUUUGGAAGGCUACGGAGCGGGAGCAGAUCAAGCCCCCGAUCACAGUACGGCUCAAGCAAAAUUGAUAGACAACAAAAUAGCAUACAGAUUCAAUUUAAACUCUGUAAAUAAACACUUUUUACUACCACCUUUAAUAAUGGAAUCUACGAUAUUAUUCAAUGCGACAGACUCUAUAGGACCGAUAUUUGAAAAAACAUACAAACCCCAAGACGGAACAUUUCACAUAGACAACGACGGAUUCGAAAACGCAGAUUACAUAAUUCGAAUCGAGCCAAUGUCGAUUCUAUUACACACGGGAAACGCAGGAGUAAGAAGCGUAUCAUGUGUAAAAACAAACACAAAGAAAUAUGAAGAAGCGACAGUGGACAAUCUAACAAUAGGAAGACUGUACACGAACGCUCAAAAAGAUUUCAUGGGAAGCAUAGGAGUGGGAAUAAUACCGUUAUUAAACAAAGACGGGAGUCUAGAAGAUGCAAUAUUAAACAUAAUGGUAGAAACAAACAUAGAAAUUGAAUGCAUAUCUCACGGAACAAACUUGCUGAUGGGAAAAUACAACAAGGCACAACCAAAUACGCUAUUCUCUGGCUUAGCUAUAGACAAGUACAAAUGGAAUAACAAAUAUACACUAGCCGGAGCACCAGCAGUAGAGUAG